ACGCCGAAUAGAAAUGAUCAGCAUUGAGGUUCAAUACUUUAAUAUCAGUAAAAAUCUUCUGCUAGCUAUCGGCUUGUGGCCUUACAGGCAAACUAGAAUCACUCAACUUCAAUACGUAUUAUUCUUCGGUAUACUGUUGAUCGCCAUCAUGUGUCAUUUGACGACGUUUAUCGUCACAGAAUUCACAGUUGAUAUUGUUGUCGAAGUAUUCUCCUCCAUGUUCCUCUUCUUGAAUUCUAUGAUUCAAUAUUCCACGUUUCGGAUGAAUAAAGUAACCAUCAAAAUAGUAUUGGAAGAACUUCAACGCGUAUGCGACAAGAUGAAGGAUAAGAACGAACUUGCUAUUAUUAAAAAAUAUGGAAAUAUUUCAAGACGUUAUGCGUUUUGGCUCACAACGUUGGCCGUUUUGGGCGAAUUCGGAUUUAUCCUGAUGCAGUGUUGGUCACACAUGCUCAACUUUAUUCAACCGAGAAACAUAUCCAUGCAACAUACCUUGCUGUUCCCGAUGGAAUAUCUUGUGGAUCAGCAGAGAUAUUUCUACUUAAUAAUGUUGCACAUGAACGCAGCCGUUUGCAUAGGCAUUACUGCAUCUCUGGCAACAGGAACAUUAUUUAUCGCGUGUCAAAAGUGCAUCUGCGGAUUGUUUAUAGUCGCCAGUUACCGUAUCAAACACGCGAUAAGAAUCGACGCGUCAGAGAAGAUCAACUCGUGCAGCCAAAAUUUGGCCGUAAUAAAGAUCGCUAGGGCCGUGGAGAUUCAUCGGAAUGCUAUGAAGUUCUCCCGAUUUCUGGUGAAUAAAUUUCAAUUGAUGUUGAGCGUAUUAAUAUUGGCCGGAGUAAGCAGUUUGAGUCUUAAUCUUUUCCGCAUCUUUUCGAUCAUGUCGUCCAGAUAUCAUAACUUCAAGGAAUUGUUAUUGCCCGCUGGAUAUAUAAUUCUAAUCGCUAUAUACUUAUUCUUAGCCAAUUACAUCGCGCAGGAUCUCACGGAUCAUAACAAAAAUAUAUUCGUUACCGCGUACAACGUUUGCUGGUAUAAAGCACCAAUAAACGUGCAGAGGGUGAUACUGUUUCUAUUGCAACGAGGCACCAAAGAAUUCACGGUGAAGGUCAUUGGAUGGCUCAACGGAUCGCUAGAAUGUUUUGCCUCGCUGACGAAUAUAUCGAUAUCAUAUUUCACCGUUUUGUACUCUACGCAAAAAUAAGAUGAAAAAGUAU